UGAUAUAUAGUUAUAAAGAAAGCACUGGGAAAUUGGGUGAGUGAUAAUUCCGAGCAAAGAGUCUCUUCUAGUUCUCCCCUGUAUCUAAACCAAACCUUGUCUUUCGUCUUAGUAAGAACAACCCUAACCUUCAACAGUUAAUUUCCAAAAGAAAAGAGAGUGCAGAGGAAGAUGAUGAUGAGGAUGGGAGAAAUGGGGGCUCAACUGGGCUCAGUCAUUGCCAGUGUCAUGUUUGUGUGCACUAUUUUUCGACAAUACCUUCCCCUUCAACUUCGCUACUAUGUUGAUAAAUAUAGCCACAAAUUAGUGAAACUUUUCUACCCUUACAUCCAAAUCACAUUUGAUGAGAACACCGACGAGUUUCGCCGACGCAGCGAAGUCUAUUCUGCCAUCCAAAGUUACCUCAGCACCAAGUCUUCGACAAUAGUGAGACGUCUAAAAGCUCAUGAUGCCAAAGACAGCAAGUCUCUGGUCCUUGCCAUGGACGACAAUGAAGAAGUGACUGAUGAAUUUCAAGGCAUUAAAGUCUGGUGGGUGUUGGUGAAAAGAGUGCCUCAACAGACUUCAUUUUCUUUCUACCCUCAGUCUGAUGAGAAGAAGCAUUAUAAGCUCACCUUCCACAGACACCAUCGGGACGUCGUCACAGGGGCUUAUCUUGAACAUGUGAUCAAGGCGGGGAAGGCAAUAACAGUUGGCAACAGACAACGAAAGCUUAAUGUGAACAAUCCUUCCCAGAAUUGGUACACAUACAGAGGGACAAUGUGGAGCCAUGUAGUCUUUGAGCACCCGGCAACAUUUGAGACCUUGGCCUUGCACCCCAAAAAGAAGGAAGAGAUUGUCAAUGACCUCAUCAAGUUCAGCAAGGGGAAAGAAUAUUAUGCGAAAAUCGGCAAGGCUUGGAAGCGGGGCUAUCUCCUUUAUGGGCCACCAGGCACUGGAAAGUCUACCAUGAUUGCUGCCAUGUCGAACCUCAUGAACUACGACGUCUAUGAUCUCGAAUUAACGACGGUGAAGGAUAACACAGAGCUGAGGAAGCUACUUAUUGACACGCCUAGUAAGUCUAUUAUUGUGAUCGAGGACAUUGAUUGCUCGCUUGAUCUUACCGGUCAGCGGAAGAAGAAAAAGGAGAAGGAUGAGGAGGAUAAUGAAGAGAAGGAUCCAGUUAAGAAAAAGAUGGAAAAAGAAGAGAGCCAACCAAGCAAGGUUACUCUUUCCGGGCUGUUGAACUUUAUUGAUGGGAUUUGGUCAGCUUGUGGAGGGGAAAGACUGAUUGUGUUCACCACUAAUUAUGUGGACAAACUUGAUCCUGCUCUCAUAAGAAGAGGAAGAAUGGACAAGCACAUAGAAUUGUCCUACUGCUGCUAUGAAGCAUUCAAAGUGCUUGCCAGGAACUAUUUGGAUUUAGAGUCUCAUGAAUUGUUCGAAACCAUUGAGCGUUUGUUGGGGGAAACCAACAUGACUCCUGCUGAUGUUGCAGAGAAUUUGAUGCCCAACUCUGUCACGGAGGAUGCAGACUCUUGCUUGAAGAACUUGAUUGAAGCUAUUGAGACUGCAAAGAAGGAGGCAAGAAGGAAGGCUGAGGAAGAAGAAGCAAGUAGGAAGGCAGAGGAAGAAGCAAAACUCAAGGCAGAGAAAGAAGAGGAGGAGAAAGAGCAGUCUGCUAAAGAUGAAGUGAAAUGUAACGGAACAUCAGCCAAAGAAGAAGAUGUAAAAUGAAUGGAACAUCAGCUGAAACGAGUGAAAGAAAACAGACUCUGCCAUGAAAGGAAGAGAGUGAAAGUAUCUGCAUAAUUUUAACCUUUCUUACCUAUUGUAAUAAGAAGACAGAGUCUGCGCCCUGAUCAAUCUGUGUUUUUCUUAAUGCGUAAUAAGUAUCUUUCAAUGAAGUUGUAGAAUAUUUUGUCUAGCCA